AUGACGAACGCGCGGUUCGCGCCGCGCGUCGGCGUCGGCGGCGACGACUCGCGUCGCGUCGCGCGCGUGCGGUCGACGGUGGAGACGAGACGUCGCGGGCUCGAGAUCGUGUUCGCGCAGACGCUCUUCGAGGGCGGCGGGCAGGGAGAGCGCGCGACGGAGACCGCGACGGAGACCGCGACGGCGACCGCGGAGGUGACGUGCGUGUGCCUCGGGAGAGACAACGGGCGACCGAGGCGGUGCCCGCCCGAUUUGCUCGCUCGGUUCGCGGCGUUCGGACCGAGCUGA